CAGGUGCUAGCUACCACAUAGCUCCACCUGUAUCACGGAAGUGAGGAAUAACGAGGCAACGCAACAGAAAGCCGUAUUUGGAUUAAUAACAUUGAAUUUAUCACAUGAAUACAACUAUAACCACGAUUUGAACAUUACAUAACAUUCGAUAUAGUCCUAAAAAAAUCGGGAAGACAGAAUUCAAGGAUUGUAUGGAAUGCACACUUGAAAAUGAAAGUUUUUGAAAGUUUUAACCUUUGUGGACAUGCUGUCACCGUUGUAAUUGUUUUGUCGCUGGCACUAUGUGAGUCUUCAUCCCACAUCAUGCCUACCUCCUCAUCCCCAGCUGGAGAGAGCUCAGUGCUGCAUGGUGAUUCCAUACAGUUUGACUUGGUCCCAGACAUAGUGAUGCAUGGAUCAGUGGUCCAAGUUAGUUACCAGUGCUCCAGGGCCUGUGAGGUGGGAGUGGAGGUGGUGGUCUCCACACAGACCAAGACAGGAGUGGCUGUCUUCAGGAGGAGAUGGACCAACCACAGACGCCUCCGUGUCCCCAGGACUCAUCCAGUGAAGCUUUGGUUCCCUCCAGGCAUGGCCUACAGAAAGGACCUCUCCAUGAGGCGUACAUUGGACGUCCAUAAUGUGAUGGUUCGAGCCUGGUUGGACCACCUUGAGCAAGGCAAAGGAGACAAAGGCCACGUGAAUAGGACCAGCACAUACAAUGGGUCCCUGGUGAGGACGUUCAAAGUGCUUCAGGCAGUACUUCCCUCUGAGCGUCCAGCUAGACUUUAUCCUGGGUGUCCCUCCUGGAUGGCUGAUCUUAUGUGGCAGCUGACCAGAGACAGAAUCCGCCAGUGCCCACAUGAGUCAGACACUGUGGAUAUAUUGACAUUUCCAAUGGUUAGCACCGGAAAGAGUUUUGGAGUGAUUCGCAAGAUCCACCCUUUCAUCAACAGAGAUCUUGAGAGAGAUCGUGUCCUCACUGUGGAGCAGCCCAGUAUCACAGUGUCUAUAUGGGUCUUUCUGGUGCAGUGGUGUGACAAGAAACUGUGUGGAAUCAUCCAUCAUGUUGAUCAGAACAGCAAAUACGACACUCCUCUGAUGCAGCUCACUAACACAGGAGAUAUCAUAAUUCAGGUUCGUGUGGUGUCUGGGGGAGAUAAGGCAUUCAGAGCCCACACAGCUCUGCCUCUCUGGACCUGGAUCAGACUAGACUGCUUCAUACAAGGCUCUAAGGUGACACUGCAAGUUAAACCUGAAAUGACAUCGGGAGGAAUGGUGGGGAACACACACAUAUUUGACUUUCAGAGUGACAUCCAUUACAAUGACACUGGUGGAUACUUUGUGAUUGGAGGGGGCAGGUUCAUGCCAGGUUUCCAUGGCUAUUUUGGACCAAUCAAAUACUAUCGUUUGGGCACAGAAAAGGUGAUCAACUUCCUUUCCCCUGCCAAGACAUUAGAGGGCCUGGGAAAGACUCACAGAGAGUGUGAUGUUAUCAGAGAAGUCACUGCAGCCUUUCUUCAGGCUGUGACACACAACCAGGAAGUCUUUAUGACAGGUUUGUGUCACUCUCACUACAUCAGUUUAUGGAGAAGGUUUGGACAGAAUACAUGUAGGCAGACAUGGACCUGGGAAGCACAGAAGAAGCACCGUGUACUUUUCACCUUCUUAGAGACCCAGCUAAAGGACUUCACCACAGGAACUAAGAACAGGAGAACACCCCUUUACCUUGGAAGCAGAUUGUUUGAGCAUGUAGUGAAUAGACUGUCCAAUAGAGGAAGCAACCAGAUGGACUCCACCACCACCACCUCCUCCCUGAUAGCCCUGCUGCAGAUGUCCUCCUGCUAUGGCUACCACCACUCCUCCUUGCUGCUCUCCACCAUACACCUGGCUGGCCUGGGGGCCCCUGUGGACCAACAGCAGGGUCAUGUCUACAGUCUGAUUGGUGCACUGGGAGACAACCGUUUAGCCCUCAUGCAUUUGGGCUACAAACACACACAAGGAAUUGACGGGUUCCCCAAAGACUUUGACAUGGCGUACAGUUACUACUCCAAUGUUGGGGCACAGACCAGUAUUGACCAAGGCCGGGUACUGGGGAAUCAGCAAUAUAUCACAGAGCACAUUCUUAUAAGCAACGAGGACCACCUGAACAGCCUAACUCAUGAGACAGGUGACACCUUUCAGUAUAUCAAACUUCAAGCUGACAGAGGAGACGUUGAAUCACAGAAACUUCUAGCAAAGCUUCUAUUCUGGGGUCAAAAUGGUGUCUCUAAGGACGUUGGGAGUGCAGUUAAGUGGUAUGCUAAGAGUGCCAUGGAGCUGGAGGAUCCUGCAGCUAUGUAUGAGUACUCUAUCUUAUUAUUUAAGGGACAGGGGGUGAAGAGGAACAUGACUCUGGGUCUCCAGAUAUUGGAGAAAGCUGCAGCCAAGGGUUCAGUCCAAGCCUUGAAUGGGCUGGGAUGGUAUUACAGCACCAUACUGAGAGACUACAAGACUGCCUACAAGUACUUUGAACAGGCUGCCCACAAUGGCAGUCAUGACGGCAUGUUUAACCUGGGUGUGUAUCACUUAAAUGGGAAGAACCCACACAACCCAGAAAAGAAUGAGACUGCUGCGUUUCAUCUCUUCCUAAACUCCUCCCUCUAUGGUCACGUGGACGGGGCGGUGGAGGCGGCCUGGUACCUGUCCACAGGAAACCUGGAGGGGGUUUCCCGGGACACAGAGAGGGCUGUGAUCAUGCUGAAACAGAUCUGUGAGCAGAAUGGUUACCUGGGAUACAUCGUAAGAGAGGCUCUCCAAUCCUAUCUCCAGGGCUUCUGGGGCGAGGCUCUGGUCAGGUAUGCCCUUGCCGCUGAAACAGGUUUGGGAGUGGCCCAGAAUAAUGUUGCCUACCUAUGUGAGGAGUUGAAGCAGAGCUAUGAUUGUCAAUGGAGGUAUUAUAACCAUUCCACAAUGAACUAUGCCCCACAUGAUUCUGGUUUGCUGAAGAUGGGCGACUACUACUACUCAAGCAGCAGGCUAGGAGCUGUUGAUCAGGCUAUAUCACUGUACAGCAGAGCAGCCCUUGCAGGCAGUUCUCAGGGAAUAUAUAAGUUGGUGGUUUUGGCAGAAGAGGGACAUGAUGUCCCAUUGAUCAUCAGAGACAGAUUAAACAUAUCAAUUCAUGAUGGGCUAGACGUUGUGGUGGAGAGACUCUUACAAAGAUGUGUAGAGUUGGAUGAAGAUGAGGAUCUGACACCAUGUACUUUAGCUCUACUCAGAGUCCGCAUGGGAAAAUCCUGGAGAAAAAUGACUCAAGACCCUAUACAGCUGUCACUGGUUUAUAUAUCUGUCGUUACUCUCAUCAUUGCUCUCAUUACUGUGCUAAUCCAAAGUGCUCUGGUUUCUUUGCCUCCAGAGUGUCUUCAAGUGCACAUCCCAGCUAGACAACGUAGGCAUACCACUGACCGUGCAGUAGAUGACAGGACAGGGACAUCCCCUGUCAAUCAAGCAGAAGUCAAUGGGAAUGGACAGCAGGAUCAGAAUGACCCCAUCAGAAGAGAAGACAGAAUGUCCAGAACUGUUAGAAUGGUCCAGGGUCUAUGGUCCAUUCUACUGAGGGAUGGACAGAGAGUGCAGCAGACCGUUGACCUGGCUGUUACUGUGUCUGGGGUGUGUCUCUGUGUCCUCUGCACAUUGAUCCUCCAUCAUCUGCUCUGAUAGUUGUCUUACACAGCACAGGAAAUGCCUGAGACCGAAGAUAACAUAAAGGAAUGUAUAUGCUUUAUGUUGGGAAGCAAGCCUGUAAAUAUUAUAAAACUGCAUUUUCUGAGAUAUCUGACUAAUUUUAACUGACAAGUGGGAGUGAACAGACUCAUAUGACUGAUACAGAUGUAGGAUCUUAAUUUGAUCACUCUUUUGUUGCUGAGAAGUUUUCUGUACAGCAGGAAAUGCAGAUGAACUUUGUGAUUUGCAUAAAUUCACUGAAAACUCACAUUUACAAACAGUUACAUUAACAGUAUUGCACUUUUCAUGUAGCCUACUUUUGGCCAGCUAAUAGCCUAACCGCUGAGCAACAUUGUGGACUAAAUGUUCAAAACCUGUUGCUGCAGGAUUAUUUUUCUGUGACAAUAUAGGGCAAAUUAAGAUCUUACAUCUGUAGGUGUAUGAGUCUGCUAUCUGGUUGUUUUGUUUCAGCCACAUGGUGCUGAAUCACACGUUUUUUUCUGGGGCUCCUAAACGUCUGUCUGUUUGGGGCCGGUACGUUAGGUUAGUCCAAGGCCGAUCAGAAGGACUAGUUUCUGCUGGUUAACUUAUUACAGUUUUAGUCUGAAGAGUUGUCCAGAAUCUGCUUGAUUUAUUGGUAAGGGUUAUGAAUCAUACGUACAGUUAAAGUCUGAAGUUUACAUACACCUUAGCCAAAUACAUUUAAACUCAGUUUUUCACAAUUCCUGACAUUUAAUCCUAGUAAAAAUGUCCUGUCUUGGGUCAGUUAGGAUCACCACUUUAUUUUAAGAAUGUGAAAUGUCAGAAUAAUAGUAGAGAUAAUAAUUUAUUUCAGCUUUUAUAUCACAUUCCCAGUGGGUCAGAAGUUUACAAUUAGUAUUUGGUAGCAUUACCUUUAAAUUGUUUAACUUGGGUCAAACAUUUCGGGUAGACAUUUCGGGCAAACUUCCACAAACUUCCACAAUAAUUUUGGCCCAUUCCUCUUGACAGAGCUGGUUUAACUGAGGCAGGUUUGUAGGCCUCCUUGCUCGCACACGCUUUUUCAGUUCUGCCCACAAUUUUUUUUGAUGGGAUUGAGGUCAGGGCUUUGUGAUGGCUUCACAGUUGGCAGGGUGUUCUUCGGCUUGCAAGCGUCCACCUUUUUCCUCCAAACAUAACGAUGGUCAUUAUGGCCAAACAGUUCUAUUUUUGUUUCAUCAGACAAGAGGACAUUUCUCCAAAAAGUACAAUCUUUGUCCCCAUAUGCAGUUGCAAAGCGUAGUCUUGUCUUUUUUAUGGUGGUUUUGGAACAGUGGCUUCUUCCUUGCUGAGCUACCUUUCAGGUUAUGUCGAUAUAGGACUCGUUUUACUGUGGAUAUAGAUACUUUUGUACCUGUUCCCUCCAGCAACUUCACAAGGUCCUUUGCUGUUGUUCUGGGAUUGAUUUGCACUUUUCUCACCAAAGUAUGUUCAUCUUUAGGAGACAGAACACGUCUCCUUCCUUGCUCCCAAGGAUGAACCAGACUUGUGGAGGUCUACAAUUUUUUUUGCUGAUUUCUUUUGAUUUUCCCAUGAUGUCAAAGAGGCACUGAGUUUGAAGGUAGGCCUUGAAAUACAUCCACAGGUAUACCUCCAAUUGACUCAAAUGAUGUCAAUUAGCCUUUCAGAAUCUUUUAAAGCCAUGACAUUUUCUGGAAUUUUCCAAGCUGUUUAAAGGCACAGUCAACUUAGUGUAUGUAACUUCUGACCCACUGGAAUUGUGAUAGAGUGAACUAUAAGUUAAAUAAUCUGUCUGUAAACAAUUAUUGGAAAAAUUUCUUGCCAAAACUAUAGUUUGUUAACAAGAAAUGUGUGGAGUGGUUGAAAAACAAGUUUUAAUGACUCCAACCUAAGUGUAUGUAAACUUCCGGCUUCAACUGUAACUAUGAUGGGUUACCCAGAGUAAAUAUGGUGGGUCCGCAAGAGUAUGUGCAGUGUGUGCAGCAUUCCUAGACCCUUGCCCAGGGUUUAAGUCUGAAUUUUAUUAAUGCAAUGAACUGUCUGUUCUCAGUAUGUGGGUCAAUGAGUGAGAUAUGAUUGUAUUCUGUGAAACACACUAAGCCUCGUCUUCAUGUAGAUACAGUACUUCAGAUAAGGAUUUCGUAUUAUGGGGAUGGUAGAACUGUUACUCUGUGUCUGAGUUAUGGAUUUCAUAAUAGGUUGGGGAACUUCGAGGAGCUAAACAGCAGCAUCCUUUCUAGUAUUUGCUUGAUCAGCUGUUAUUUACAGCAUAAACUGCAACUGUUGGAGGGCUCUCUCUUUCUCUCUCAUUAAUAUGCAGUUAUUUAAUCAUUAUAUGACGAUUGAUAUUACCUUGAAUCUUGGCAACAACAAACACUGUGGCCAAAUGUAAUAAAUGUGACAGUUUAACUGCUGUCACGUUGUACUUUGUAAUACUGUUCUGUUUAGUCAAACUCAUUUAAUAGAAAUGUCUCCCAAGGGCAACCUUUAUAAUCAUUUAUGGGUUUUUUUUUUUUUUCAUGGAGACUUUUUGACUUUGUCAACAUCCAGGACAUACAGAGAUUGAGUUGAUGCGUGGUCUCAGCCAUGCAUUAUACCAUAGUCUAUAAACUGUCCUUUCAGAAAAUAAAGACCAACAUUAUUUGAA